AUGGCGCUCCAACCAAAACAACAAGAACUUCAGCUCGAUAGCACACAAGAAGCCGUAUUUCUAAGCUUUUACAAGCGAUUGCCCGAGAAACCUAGUACAACAAUCCGGUUCUUUGACAGAACAGAUUACUACAGUGCUCAUGGGGAAGAUGCCAACUACACUGCUAAGGAGGUCUUCAAGAACAACAAUGUCAUCAAGUAUAUUGGCACAGGUGCCUCUAAGCUUGAAACAGUUACCCUGAGUAAGCAGAACUUUGAGGCAACAGUGAAAGAUCUCCUCUUAGUUCAGCAGUACAGAGUUGAGGUAUAUGGCAGCAAGGGAACAGGGAAAACAACAGAAUGGACUCUGGCAUAUAAGGGUUCACCAGGAAACCUGACUCAGUUUGAAGAUGUUUUGUUUGGAUCUAAUGACAUGUCAGCCUCUGUAGGAGUUAUGGCAAUAAAGUUGGCAAUGGAGGAUUCUCAUAGGGUUGUUGGAGUGGGCUAUGCUGAUGCUACUUUAAGAAAGAUGUUUGUUUGUGAAUUCCCUGACAAUGAUCAAUUCUCCAAUUUAGAGGGCUUGAUAGUACAGCUAGGUCCCAAGGAGUGCUUGGUCCCUACAGGAGAAGCUACACCAGAGAUGGUGAAACUGAACCAUGUUUUAAACAGAAGUGGAGUACUGGUCACAGAGAGAAAGAAAAGUGAGUUUACGAAUAAAGACAAUGUGCAAGAUUUAAACCGACUCAUAAAGUUCCGCAAGGAUGAACAACCGAAUAGUGCAGCACUGCCUCAAAUGGAUAAAAAUGUUGCCAUGGCAACCAUAGCUGCAUUGAUCAAAUAUCUAGAACUGCUUAGCGAUGAAGGAAACUUCAAUCAGUACACACUGGCAACAUUUGAUUUAGGACAGUAUUUGAAACUGGAUCCAGCUGCUGUGAGAGCAUUGAAUCUAUUACCAGAUCAAAGUGAAGGAGUUCUGAACAGGAACCAAAGUGUUCUUGAUUUGCUGAACAAAUGUCGUACAGCACAGGGCCAGAGAUUGCUAGCUCAGUGGGUGAAACAACCCCUAAUGGACCUCAAUAGAAUAGAAGAAAGAUUGAAUAUCGUAGAAACUUUCAUAGAAGAUACUGAAUUAAGGCAAACCCUACUUGAAGACCAGCUCCGAAGAAUUCCAGACUUUCAAAGACUGGCGAAAAAAUUUCAGAGAAAGAAAGCUAACUUACAGGACUGCUUCAGGGUCUACCAGGCCAUAGGGAAAAUGCCAGUUCUUCUGGAGCAACUGGAACAACACACUGGACCACAUCAACCUUUGCUAAUGGAGAUCUUCACCAAUCCUGCUAAGGAACUUUUGAUGGACUUUCAGAAGUUUCAGGACAUGGUUGAAAGUACAUUGGAUAUGACGCAAGUUGAAAAACAUGAAUUUCUCAUCAGACCGGACUUUGAUGAAAACUUAACAGAACUUCGAGAGAAGAUAGAUGAGACAGAAAGUGGAAUCAAAGCUCAACUGAACAAGGCAGCCAGGGACUUGGGGUUAGAGCCACACAAAGUUCUCAAACUAGAAUGUAAUAGUAUGCUGGGCUACUUCUUCAGAGUGACCAGAAAGGAAGAGAAAGCAUUGAGGAGCAGUAAUGCAUACACAACAAUAGACACAAACAAAAAUGGUGUGCGUUUCCAUAGUGCAUCGCUACGGAAACUGAAUGAAGAGUACCUGUCUCUAAAGGAGUCUUAUGAGGAAACACAGAAAAGCGUUGUAACAGAAAUCAUCAAUAUAUCGGCUGGUUAUGUCGAACCAAUGCUCCUCCUAAAUGAUGUCAUAUCGCAACUGGAUGUUUUAGUCAGUCUGGCCCAUGUCUCGGCAAAUGCACCCAUUCCAUACAUAAGGCCUAAACUGCUCAAAAAAGGGUCUGGUAUCCUAAAGCUGGAAGAGGCUCGCCAUCCAUGUCUGGAAAUGCAAGAUGAUGUUGCUUAUAUACCAAAUGAUAUUGAAUUCAGCAAAGAUGGACACCUGUUUCACAUAAUCACAGGGCCUAACAUGGGUGGAAAGUCAACAUACAUAAGAUCAGCAGGUGUCAUUGUCCUCAUGGCUCAGAUUGGUUGCUUUGUCCCCUGCUCUUCUGCGGAGAUCUCCAUUGUUGAUUGCAUCCUGGCUCGUGUUGGCGCUGGUGACAGCACGGUAAAAGGAGUGUCCACAUUCAUGGCUGAGAUGUUGGAGACUGCAUCCAUCUUGAGGUGUGCUACUGAGGAGUCUCUAGUAAUUAUAGAUGAGCUGGGUAGAGGUACUUCUACAUAUGAUGGCUUUGGUUUGGCAUGGGCAAUUUCUGAAUAUAUUGCCACAAAGAUGAAAUGUUUCUGCCUGUUUGCCACACAUUUCCAUGAGUUGACAGCAUUGGCUGGUGAAGUCCCAACUGUCAACAAUUUACAUGUGACAGCACUAACAACCAAUGAUACAUUGACUCUAUUAUAUAAAGUAAAGCCAGGGGUUUGUGACCAAAGCUUUGGAAUACAUGUAGCUGAGCUUGCACAUUUUCCCAGUCAUGUCAUACAGUUUGCUAAGAACAAGGCUAGUGAGCUGGAGGACUACCAGAACAGCAACCUCUCAGGGACAGGGCUUGAGGGGGAGGGGGAGCCUGCUGUUAAGAAACGAAGAACUGAAAAACAGGAGGGGGAGAAAUUGAUCCAGGAAUUUUUGACGAAUGUGAAGAAGCUUAAUCUUGAUAACAUGACGGAGGAUGAAAUACUAAAGCAGAUUGCCAAACUGAAGGAAGAAGUGAAAUCUAAAAAUAAUUCCUUCGUUGAGGAUGUCCUCUUGAGAGGAACCUAG